AUGCAAGCAACACUGCCAUACUUUCUGGAUUCGACGGAGGAGGAAACGGUGAAGCAAGAGAACAGUAUGUCUGCGCUCAAGCAUGAAUUGUCCGUUUAUACAACACUUUGCGUUGAGAUGAAAGCUCUUGUGAAUUGCUGCGAAAUCCUUGCCAGAGGUCCAACACGCACUUUCGAUAUCGUGAACAGCGUGAGUGAUCGAGGCAGAUCCUUUAUUGCCGAUUCGCCACAGUUUUUCGAUCCUCCUACGGUGAUCGAGGAUGAAGGCAAAAUGCAUUAUGCUAGUGUGAAAGACAAGAAAAGUGGAGCUGGAUGGGAUGGCACGGACAGUUCGGAAGUACAACGUGAAGCAUUCCGUCGACCACGUGAUGCUAUACUCGUUCUGGCAUCUACCUUCAUUGAAAAAGCGAGCCCUCGGCUGAAGGAGCUUAUCAAAUUAUCAGUUAACAUAGAACAUGUUAAAAUUCCUGAAUUAUUCGAUCAUAAAUGUCACGUUAAACUGAGUGAAAUCGCGCUCGCAUUGUUGAAAGUUGCACCCUACGAUCUUAAUACGAUGGCUUGCCUGGGAUUGCAAAAGUACUUCACCGUGAUUCUUCCUGUCACUGACUGGUCCGUGGAAGGUAAUCGAUCAGCGCUCAAUUUUGUUUUGCGACGGUUGGACAAAACCAUACAAAAAAUUGGCAAAAAAAUGGUACUUCGGCGGCGUACAAAUUGGGCUGCGUUGACGAGCUGGCUAAAUGGAUUGUAUCAGACGUUGGUCGCCUAUCCCUAUAUCGCACAUUUGCAUCCGCUCAAGGUUUCAUUCCUUCAAAUAAGUUGCACUUCAUUCGCUCGGCCUCGCCAUACGUUGUUGCGAUGGUGGAAAGCGUAG